UUUUCGGACUAUAUGGCUUCAAGGGACGGGCUAGUUGGCACUUGAUCGAAUGUCCAAAUUUUGGGCGCAUCUUUGCGAGACACAAACCUGCAGGGCACCACCAUCAUACCAUAAAUAGACACCGGGAGACUGGCUUCGGCUGCUUCAAUUAUUCGUGCUGCUCCAAUUAGUUUGUCCGUUGCCGAUUCUAAAUCAAUGGUCCGAUUAGAACUGAAGGAACCCGGGGCGGUACCAACAUCUACAUAUUUUAAUACGGGAACGCAUCCCUACAUUCAGGCGAGACAAAGAAACAGCACAACCGAAAGAAAUAAUUGAAGCAAGUCAGCAACGAUGUCCAGCGGAGUCCUGAGCCGACCUGGUGUAUCCAUCUACUACGAAAUCCGCGGUUCCGGUCCACCGCUUCUCAUAAUCCCAGCGGCUCAUGGAACGCACCUAACCCACGAAGACCUCGCCUUGCGGCUAUCGUCCCAAUACACUGUUAUCGGCUUCGAUCGGCGAGGGUCCCUCCGCAGUCGCUUCCUCUCUCCACCAACGCAAGAACAGCAACGAACCCUGCUGAAGGACACCGUCGACGACAUAGUCGCUCUCAUACAGCACCUCUCACCUGACCAGCCAGUCCUCAUCUACAGCAUUUCACUCGGUUGCAUGCAUGCCCUUGAACUGCUCAGCACUCAUCCGGACUUGGUCCGAGAGAUAGUUGUCCAUGACCCGUGCAUACCAUGCCUCCUACCAAAGCAGAGCUAUGAGCAGGUCUCUGCAGCAUUCCAGUCGACCGUUUCGAUAUACAAGGCCCAUGGUCCAGCUGCCGCCUCGGAGACAUUUGUCCCGGUCGUAACGAGCGAUGAAGACCGUGCGCUGCUUCGUGACUCGCCCACACACAAGAAGCUCCUUGCGUUGUCAAUUCUCUGUUUCAACUUCCUCUUCGAAUAUGAGUUACCUGUCCUGCUAGGAUACCAAGUGCCCUUCCCUGUGUUGAUGGCCUAUCGGGAAAAGAUUACUCUCAUCAGGGGUGAAUUGUCCUCAACUCCGUUGACCACUGAACCGAUCACCACCUUAGGUGCCCAGUUAGGCCUACCGGUGAAGAUGGUAGCCGGUGGGCAUCUGCCAUCCGCUACUCAUCCCGAGGCCUUCACAGAAGAGUUGUUGAGCAUUCUGGGGGAAGCAUUGUGAGGCUUUCUUGAAAAUCUUCUCCGCUGCCUUUCCGGAGCAGAACACCCAAUUCUGUUCUUGUCCAGCCUUGUCCUAGACAUAUGAGUGGCGUAUAUAGCAAACUUAAUCUCGAUUAACGGGCAAUAGAGGACAAUCAAAUAUAGUUAGACUUCGGACAUAC